AUGCGAUACUUCUUCAUCCGGUCAACGUCCCGCGGCGCCAACAGCCUCGACUGCCGCUCCACCUUGGGGGUUAUCCUCGUGACUUUUCUAGGAGCCACCAUGGUGAUAAUCCCCAACUGUCUGGCCACGGGGCUGGUCCCGUGCUUCUACAACGAAACCGGCCGGGUACACUGGCACCUCACCAUGCCCAGCUUUGGCCAGAAAGAUAGCAACGCCCUCUACACAAUCACCUUCUUCAUCUAUCCUGUAGCCGGAAAAAUCAUUCCCUGCACGCUCAUCUCCAUUUUCGGGGGUUUACUUCUGCAUACACUCAGAGAAACCGACAAAAGGUCAAGACGACUCAAGGGCGAAAGUUCUUCCGGCGGAAACGGAAAUAGCCAGACCCGACGCACGACCAUCAUGCUUUUAGCAAUCAUCGCCCUGUACAUACUCUCUGAGUUGCCCCAGUCAAUCCUGGUGCUGCUGUGUAUAUUUGUGAAAGACUUUUUCACUAACGUGUAUGCGCUGCUUGGUGACUUCAUCGAUCUUCUAGCUCUGGUGAACACUGCUUUAAACUUUGUCACAUACAUCGCUAUGAGUACCCAGUUUCGCAACACGUUGUCUGAGAUGGGUUGUACGUGUUUGAGCGUGUUGACGUGUCAAAAGUACGGGCACAAAAGUGCAUUACAAAGUACCAAGUACACUAUGACGUCAGCGACAACUGUUUGA